AUGCCUGAGGACGUUCGGAAGCAUUCGCUGAAGAGGACUCAUGACACUUUUGUGUCCGAACAAGCGACAAAGUACCUCGCAUUGGAGGAAAAGAGCCAAGACGGCGUUCCGGACAUCCAUCGGCACACCCGGGCAGCGGAGCGAUCGCUCCCGCCUUCCACCGCGUCGUCGCUGGCGGAAGGCGGCGGCACCAGAACGUCCGCUCUCAUCAGGCGAGCGCCCAGCAUGCCGAAGCCUCAGUGGCGCCCACCGUGGAAACUGUUUCGGGUCAUCAGCGGUCACCUCGGCUCGGUGCGCUCCAUCGCCGUGGAGCCAGGCAAUCAGUGGUUCGUCACCGGCUCUGCUGAUAGGACUAUGAAGAUCUGGGACCUGGCGAGCGGGAAGCUGAAGCUGUCGCUAACGGGCCACGUUAGCACGGUGCGCGGCGUGGCGGUUAGCAGUCGCAGCCCCUACCUCUUUUCAUGUGGCGAGGACAAGCAAGUCAAGUGUUGGGAUUUGGAGUACAACAAGGUCGUCCGACACUACCACGGCCACCUGAGCGCCGUGUACGGCCUGGACUUGCACCCCACCUUAGACGUGCUGGUGACGUGCGGCAGAGACGCCACGGCCAGGGUGUGGGACAUCCGCUCCAAAGUCAAUGCGUGCACGCUCACCGGUCACACCGACACGGUGGCCACGGUCCGGUGUCAGGCCGCAGAGCCGCAAGUCAUCACCGGGAGCCACGACUCGACCAUCCGAUUGUGGGACUUGAUUGCGGGCAAAACCAGAGCCACGCUGACUAAUCACAAGAAGUCAGUCAGAAGCGUUGCGCUGCACCCACGACAAUACACUUUUGCCUCCAGUUCGGUCGACAACAUCAAACAGUGGGUGUUCCCAGACGGUAAAUUUUUUCAGAACCUGUCGGGCCACAACGCCAUCAUCAACACGCUGGCCGUCAACUCCGACGGCGUCCUGGUGUCCGGAGCCGACAACGGGACCGUCCGCUUGUGGGACUGGAGGACCGGCUACAACUUCCAGCGGAUCCACGCCGCCGUGCAGCCCGGUUCCCUGGACAGCGAGUCGGGCAUCUUCGCCUGCAUCUUUGACAAUUCUGAAAGCCGUCUGAUCACGGCCGAGGCCGACAAGACCAUAAAAGUCUACAAAGAAGAUGACACCGCUACAGAAGAGAGUGACCUUAUCAACUGGAAACCAGAAAUCUUAAAAAGAAAAAUAAGCUACUAA